AUGGCACUUCGAUCACUAAGCAGGAGGCUUGGGAGCAGAAUUUUGAGUUACCGUUCCUCUGUUGCUUCGCUUCAUUCUCAUGCCACAAGUUUCGGGUUUCAAGAAGUAAAGGAAGAAGAGAAAAGCAAACUGGUUGGUAACGUUUUCACGAAUGUAGCUUCGAGUUAUGAUAUUAUGAAUGAUGUGAUGAGCGGUGGCUUGCAUAGGCUAUGGAAGGAAAGACUCGUUGGGAAGCUGAGUCCAUUUCCAGGGAUGAAGCAUCUUGAUGUGGCCGGUGGAACAGGUGAUGUUGCGUUUAGGAUCUAUGAUGCUGUUUACAGCGUCAAACGAAGAGCAUUAAAUAAAGUCGAUGAGGCUUCACUUGAAGAAACUCAGAUAUACGUCUGUGACAUCAAUCCCAACAUGUUGAACGUUGGGAAACAACGAGCUGCUGAGAGAGGUCUAAGAGAUAACAAGUCACUCGUAUGGGUCGAAGGAGAUGCAGAGGCCUUGAGUUUCGAUGACAAUUCAAUGGAUGGAUACACCAUUGCAUUUGGAAUAAGGAAUGUCACACACAUCGAAAAGGCUCUAGCAGAGGCUUAUAGGGUACUAAAACGAGGAGGAAGGUUCUUGUGCCUUGAGCUCAGCCAUGUAGACAUUCCAAUCUUCAAAGAUAUAUACGAUCUGUAUUCGUUCCAAGUCAUUCCAAACUUAGGGGAACUAAUUGCCGGUGACCGGGAAUCUUAUCAGUACUUGGUCGAGAGCGUUCGAAAGUUUCCUCCUCAGGAGCGAUUUGCGUCGAUGAUCGCAGACGCAGGAUUUGAGAAAGUGGAGUACGAGAACCUUGUUGGUGGAGUUGUGGCCAUCCACUCUGCCAUAAAGCUCUGA